CCACAGCGCGUAAUAAUGAGCGCCGACAGCGGAUCAGAGCGAGUACCAGAGCCGUGACCCGGGGUGUGGACAUCGGCAGCAGCAGAGACAGAGGCAGCAGCCCCAUCACCCCGGCUACCCCGCUCUGCCCUGCACCAUGGACCCGGGGCGGCCGGGCAGGCGGCGUGAGGGCUGCAGGGCGGCGGGAGCGGCCGGAGCCUUGUGUCGCUUGGCCGCCGCUUGGUUGCUGCUCCUGCCCGGCGCUGCGCUGCCGCUAAAGAUCCAGCCUCUCAUUGAAGAUGAACAGCUGUUGUGGAUCAGCGGUGGUGUGGACCACGUCGACACAUUCAGGGUGCCGCUCAUUUCUAUCACCCCCUCCAAUAACCUCAUUGCCGUGGCAGAGGCAAGGAAGCAUUCGUCGGCUGAUAUUGGUGCCAAGUUCAUUGCCGUUCGCACGUCGACUGAUGCAGGUGUCACCUGGAGCCCCACCACCUUCCUGGACAACGACGGCUCAAAGGUCGACGGGCUGAACUUGGGGGUGAUACUGGUUGAUGAGCAGAAGGGGCGGGUUUUUAUCAUGUACACAAUGUGCGCGCACCACUUCCACUGCAACGUCUCCAGCACCCUGCUGAUCGAGAGCGAAGAUGAUGGGAGAACAUGGGGCCAACCGCGAAACCUGUCCAACAUGAUUGGGACCAAGAUGUUUGCUCCAGGCCCGGGAUUGGGAAUCCAGAAAAAGUACAACCCGAACAAGGGUCGUCUGAUCGCCUGUGGGCACGGCUCGAUCGAGGAAGAUGGGAUAUUCUGCGUUCUGAGCGAUGACCAUGGGGUGACCUGGAGGAAUGGGGGCAACCUGAAGGGGAUUCCAUUCAACCAGCCCAAACGCUCCAGUGACUUUAACCCAGACGAGAACCAGCCGUACGAACUACCGGAUGGGUCUGUUGUGGUCAACGCCAGGAACCAGAAUUACUACCACUGUCACUGCCGGAUUAUAGUGAAGAGCUACGAUGGGUGCGACAGCCUCCCGCUGGAGACCGUGACCUUUGAUGAGGAUCUGAUCGACCCUGCUGUAGCGGCUGGAGCAGUCGUCAAAAAUAACGUUGUCUUCUUCAGCAAUCCUGCCAAUGCCAACCACCGGGUAAAUAUGACCAUACGGUGGAGUUUUAACAGUGGGGUAUCGUGGGAGAAGGACACGCUGCCGAUUUGGCAAGGCCCGAGUGGCUACUCAUCGAUGACCACAUCCGGCAACAAGAGCAACGAGCAGCACCUCUACUUGGUCUAUGAAAAGGGACACGUGGACACCACGGAAUCCAUUUCCUUCGUGAAGAUCCGCGUCGUUUGAGGGGGAGCCUUGAUGUCCCCUCUUGGUCCACGGAGAAACUCGGGGUGGCGAUGAGCGCGCGGACCAAACGCUUCCUCACGGGCAACAGCUCCGGGCCACCCCAGGAAGUUGCGCGAGUUGAUCGACUGGUGUUCUUUGAUUCGUAAAAUGGGUUUUCCCCGUCCGAAGAUGAAAUCCAUCUUGUAAAAUUUUAGACUCUAAACUCUAAAUCUUGUAGAACUCUAAAGACAGCUCUGCGAUGGGUUGGCUCGUGUCACUGGGCUUAGGUUGUCACAUGCCGCCCCUAGGGAUCUUUAAUCGCCUGACGAAGGCCUGUUUUCAAAUAGCUUCUAUCCUCCUUUGGGACUAAGACCAAGGUGUUAAUCCAUCUCUCCCCUUUAUUGAAUAUAUUUUUACAAUUAAAAUCUGGUUUGGGAAUUUGAUUAACUGUGGAAGCGGUUGGUGUGAAUGGACCAUGCGUGUCUCUGAUCUUGUGCAAGGAGCGAGCGGGUUCUAAGAGUUGCCCCAUUUGGUGGGAUGGAACUUGCCUGCUUGGCCCCAAGUCCCAGAUAUCAAUGUCAAGGAGGGCGGAAUUUUCCAGCCAUCAAUUUCCAGUCGGGAAGAGCUUUGGGAAUACCGUAGGAGAGGGCAUUGAGAGGGGGAUGAAGUUGUAGACUCCAAUUGACGAUAUUGGGCAGUGGAAAGGCCAGUUCAACGAGGCCUGUUUCCUUAUCGACUGUGGAAGUGUACAAACCAGAGGCCGAGCUGAUCAAGUGAAGUCUGCAACGCAGACAGAAUCGUCAGAAUAAAAGCCUUAUGUUAUUAAAAUAAAAAUUCUCAGGGACUCUGGCUAAUGUCUGGGUGGUGGUGGUGGUGGUACAAAAUGCAUAUUCUGCAUUGGUGAUAUGAAAGUUACAUUUUAAACUAGAGCAUGGAGCUGUGGUGGUUAGGGGUUCGAUAUUGACGCAAGGUGAUGCCCAAACCUGUAACAACCCCGAUAGCAGUAACUGGGCUUCUUCACUACUGUGGCAACAAGCAUAUUUGUGGGCUAAAUGACAGAGAGAUCAGCCUCGACUGUAAACAUCCUGAAUAACCUACUAGAAUGGAGUCCAUGGGAAGACCCAGUUAUAGUGCCAAAGCCUUUUAGAUGUACGUAUAUAGGGCCAUAACUUUGAUAUCAUUCAAAUGAAGUCCAAUUCUCGUGUUGUUUUUUGGAGGUGAUGGUGAGGUAGGGAUUACAAAGCAGAUCCCGAUAUAAGAAUUAAAAAAUGAUAUUUUAUUAGACGAGUCAAUAUUUUUACUUUGCCUUGCAAAAAAAAAGGGUUAUAGACAACAGGUGCAGGAGAAGGCCAUUCGGCCCUUCGAUCCAGUACUGCCAUUCAAUGUGAUCAUGGCUGAUCAUCCCCUAUCAGUACCCCGUUCCUACCUUCUCCCCAUAUCCCCUGACUCCACAAUCUUUAAGAGCCCUAUCUAGCUCUCCCUUUAACAUUAUUGUUCCAGGGGAUGAGAUAAAUAGAAACAUAAAAAACUUAGACAAAACAGGUGCAGGAGUAGGCCAUUCGGCCCUUCGAGUCAGCACCGCCAUUCAAUGUGAUCAUGGCUGAUCAUCUAAAAUCAGUACCCCGUACCUGCUUUUUCCCCACAUCCCUUGAUUCCUUUAGCCCCUAAGAGCUAAAUCCAACUCUCUCUUGAAAGAUUUCUCCCCAGCACCCAGUUCGAUCCUGACUCCGGUGCUGCCUAUAUGGAGUUUGUACGUUCUCCCCGUGACCUGCGUGCAUUUUCUACGGUUUCCCCCCACACUCCAAAAACGUGCAGGUUUGUAGGCUAAUUGGCUUGGGUAAAAUAGUAAAUUGUUCCCAAUGUGGAGGAUAGUGCAGGGAGUCCAGGUCAGUAGUAAUAAUAAUAAUAAUAAUAAUAAUAUAUUUUAUUGUCAUUGCACAUAAGCACAACGAGAUUUGGUAUGCAGCUUCCAUCCAAUGUCAUAACUUAAAUAACUAAUAGCAUUUAGAUUUGGAUACCUCUAGAACAUGGUUUGUACGGGGUCGGUGGGCCGAAGGGCCUGUUUCCGCGCUGUAUCUCUGAACGAAACGCCUUCAUCUUGCUGAUGAGAUUGGGAGAGGGAUCUUGUCCCUGUAUAAAAGAUUGAGACCUGGUGCUAAAUCUGGACUCUGUUCUCCUUUGUGAAGUUUACCAAAUGAAAACAUGUAAGAUUCAUUCAUUGUGUACCAUGUUUGACUUGUACAUCCAGUUUUCCUUUGCCCAGAUACCUCUGAACAUUACAGCAUUGUAUUGUGCAUUGAAUAUACAGAAAUUAAAAUGGGAGUCUGAAUGAGGCUAAUCAGUGGUUUAAUGAAGUUUUCCUGAUGCAAAUAAUAAAUAUUACAACAUUUAAUUAA